GAACUGGAAACCCUCCUUCGCCCCUCUUCCUAAACCCCACCGUCGAAAUGCUCCUCCGCUCCCUCCUCCGCCGUGGCGCCGCCGCCGCGGCCGGCGGCGGAUGCGCUGCAAACGCGCGCCCCGAUCUGCCCGGUUCCCUGGCUUCCCUCCUCCUGGCGUCCCGCUCAUACGCCAAGGCCAAGGGCGGGGGGAAGCCGGCGUCCUCCACGACCAACCGCGGCAAGGUCCGUGUCAAGGAUCCCAAAGGCGGGGUGUCCGAGGAUUCCUCCGCGGCGGGGGACUUCGCGGCAUCCUCGGGAGGGGCAGAUGAGCUCGAUGCCGAGUUCGAGUUGCCCACCGACCCGCUGCCCCCGACUUACGAUCCCGCGCUCGACGUCGGGCCCGGAGGCCGUCCGCUCUUCGCCUUCACCGAUACCUUCGCGUCCUUCUCCCACCGCGGGGCCAAUGCCUACGUCGAUUUCACUUUGGAUGAAUGGAAAGCCAUGUUACCAGAGGGAUUGCCAGCAGGGAUGAUGAAGGAGUUCCAGGAGACGAGACGGUGUGCUGUGAUGGUGAGAGAGAGCUUCCUAGACCUGCGGGAUAACUUCCGGAGAAUUGUUGAUCCAGCCAUUACAACCAAACGCAAAGACAACAAAAGACAAAUUAUCUUGGAUGGUCCUCGGAGUUGUGGUAAAAGCAUUGCACUUGCGAUGCUUGUGCACUGGGCACGAACUGAAGGAUGGCUGGUAUUCUAUGUUCCACAAGGGAAGGAUUGGACUCAUGGAGGAUUCUUCUAUAGAAACACCUACAGCGAUCUUUUUGAUACUCCAGUACAAGCUGCAAAGGUUUUGCAGGAUUUUUUGAAGUACAACGAAACCCGCUUACAGCAGUUACCAUGUCAAAUUUUUGAGCCUAUCCCCCUGGGAGAAGGUACUGGUGUUGGAAUGAUGAGAGGAGCUGACACAGUGGAAAUGCCUGAAGGGUCCACAUUGUAUGAUCUCGUUCAAACUGGGAUAACCCACACGCAUGCAUCAGUUGGUGUUGUAGUUCGUUUAAGAAAGGAGCUAUCACUCGUUAAAGAUGUCCCCGUGUUGUUUGCCAUUGAUCAGUAUAAUAGUUGGUUUACAUUCACCGAGUUCCAGGAGCCUGUAACUGUUAGAUCUUGUCGAUCAAUCCACGCAAAGGAGCUUACAAUGGUCAAUGCAUAUAGAUCCAUGCUGCACAAUGAUAUGAUGGUGGGAGCCUUUUCGCAUUCAACCGCAGUUGGCAAACUACGGCAGGAGCUCCCAGAUGUUCCGUCCGAUGCUCGUUUGAUGUUUCCACGGUACACCGUAGAUGAAGCAGAGACUGUGUGCCACUAUUAUAUGAGGCAAAAGAUUAUUCGACGUGAGAGUUUUUCAGAAGAGAAGUGGAAAAAGAUCUAUUAUUUGUCAAAUGGAAAUGGCUCUGAGAUGAGGUGGCUUGCUGCCUUCAUAUGAGUUUCUGAUGCCUGGAUUGAUACAACAUAAAAGUUGCAGCUUCUGUGUUCACUUCUCCACUGUUGUAUACUUCUACUCUGUUUUAUGGAACUACUGGGAGCAAAUUGCUACCUAGUGAAAGGAAUUUCUCCCGCCUUUUGAAGUACGAACAAAUUUUGGCUGCAGCUCCAAGUUUUAUCCAUCUAUUCUGACAACCUUCACGUGUACUGACUAGGAUUAUCAUGAGGUGCCCUAGUGAUGCAGGAUACAAAUAAUAAGCAACAGCUGUAGAACUCUCGUUUCGCAAAGCCUCAACAUGUUUUGUUUCAAAUAUUAUUUGCCUGCUGCUAUUGAUUGGAUGCCAUACUUGAUACAAAGAAUUUGAGUUGGUGCUAUCUUUCAUGGAGUUGAAUCUUAUCAGAUGGUUAUUAUUUACCUUGUUA